GGAAUCGGGGGCAUUGUGCGACCUCCUGGGUCGCCUGGGGCGAUUUUCCUACCCUGAAGAUAAGUCCCACGGGCCUCUCCCAACUCUCGAAGCUGGGCCUCCCCACCUCCCUAUGUUCAACGCUCCCUCUGGCUCUCCCCCUCUAUCCUCUCCCCCGCCCCGGGUUCGGCGAAUCCGCGGCGCCGCAGACCCCCGCUAGUGGGCGUCAGAUGCGCGGCGGCAGCCAGCGCGCCGGGGUACUGGCCUCCGCCGCGCGGUGACCGCGGGUGUUGUCUACGCCGCGUGGACCUACGUCUCCACCUUGCGUCCGCCACGGGGGCCACACCUGCCAGGACCCAGGACACAGGAUCCAGCGCGCGGGCGCGCGGAUAGAGGAAAUUAGGGCGGUGGGGAUGGAGAAGGGAAAGGUGAUGGAGAAGGGGAAGGUGAUGGAGAAGGGGAAGGCGGUGGAGAAGGGGAAGGUGAUAGAGAAGGGGAAGGUGAUAGAGAAGGCGAAGGUGAUAGAGAAGGCGAAGGUGAAUGAUAAGGGGAAGGUGAUGAAGAAGGGGAAGGAGCCAGAGAAAGAGAAAAUUCGGGAAAAAGGAAAAGAAGAGAAAAAGACGGAGGUGGAGAAGGAGAAAAUUAAGGGGAAAGAGAAAGGAAAGGAGGAGAAGAGUAACUGUAAGGAGGAGGAGAAGAGGAAAGAGCGCGAGACCGAGAAAGAGAAGGAACAGCUCAAGGGAAAAGAAGAGAAAGAGAAGAAGGACAACAGCGCCUUGACAAAGCCCCCGCUGGAGCCGCCGGAGAAAAAUAAGCAGAUCCUUGUGUUGGGCCUGGAUGGAGCAGGAAAGACCAGCGUUCUGCACUCUCUAGCUUUAAACAGAGUCCAGCACAGCGUGGCACCCACCCAAGGUUUCAAUGCAGUAUGCAUCAACACCGAGGAUAGCCAGAUGGAGUUUCUGGAGAUUGGUGGCAGUGAACCUUUCCGUUCCUAUUGGGAAAUGUACCUAUCCAGAGGAUUGCUGCUGAUCUUUGUGGUGGAUUCAGCUGAUCACAACAGAUUACCUGAAGCCAAGAAACACCUUCAUCAAUUAAUUGAAACAAACCCAAUCCUUCCUCUGGUUGUGUUUGCAAACAAACAGAGACAGAGAGCAAGUGAGAGAGAGGGGAGGGGCAGAAGGAGAGGCAGAAAAAGAAUCUCAAGCAAGCUCCAUGCCCGGUGCAGAACCCAACAUGGGGCUUGAUCCCACGACCCCAAGAUCAUGACCUGAGUGGACGUGAAGAGUUGGUCACUCUACUGACUGAGCUACCCAGGCACCCCUGUGAAUUUUCUUUUAAUAUCUCUUCCCAAAUUUCUAUUAGGUUGUUUAUCUUUUCUUAUUUGAGUUGUAGAAAUCUUUCCUAUCUUUCAGAAAAAUAAUCCUUUAUUACUUGUAGGCAUUCUGUGUGUCUUCCUCAGCAACUUGUUGACUAUUAUUUUACUUUGCUUAUGGUUAUCUUCUUUAUACAUAGCUUUCCAUUUGUUUUUUUAAAUGACAUUUUAAAAAAUGUAUUUUCAUUCCAGUGAACAUAGAGCAAUAGAUAUUACUUUCAGGUGUAUGAUGCGGUAAUUCAGUAGUUUCAAAUAUUACUCAGUGUGCAUCAAGGUAGGUAUAAUCUUAAUUGUCUUCACCUAUUUCACCCAGCCCCCCACUCACCUCCUGUCUGGAAACUGUUCUCUAUAGUUAAGAGUAUGUUUUUUGGGGUGUCUCUUUUUCUUUCCUUUGUUUCUCUUGUAUCUUAAAUUUCAUAUAUUUUUCUUUCUCUCACUGGCUUAUUUCACUUAGCAUUGUACUCUGUAGAUCCAUCCAUGUUGUUGCAAAUGGCAAGAUCUCCUUCUUUUUUAUGGCUGAGUAAUAUUCCUCUGUGUGUGUGUGCGUGUGUGUGUGUGUGUGUGUGUGUUACAUCUUGUUUAGCCAUCUAUUGAUGGAUACUUGGAUUGCUUCCAUACUUUGACAGUUGUAAAUUAUGCUUCAGUAUACAUAGGGGUGCGUAUAUCCCUUUGAAUUAGUGUUUCCUUAUUCUUUGGGUAUUCCAGUAGUGUGAUUACUGGAUUAUAGGGUAGUUCUAUUUUCUUAUUUAAAGUAAACUCUAUACCCAGUGUGGGGCUCAAACUCAUGACUUUGAGCUCAAGGGUCAUUUGCUCUACUGACUGAGCCAGCCAGGCAUCCCAGGAUAGUUCUAUUUUUACUCCUUUUUUUUUUUUAAAGGUUUUUAAAUUAUUUAUUUGACAAGAUCACAAGUAGGCAGAGAGAAGGAGGAAGCAGGCUCCCUGCUGAGCAAAGAGUCCGAUGUGGAGCUCAAUCCCAGGACCCUGGGAUCAUGACCCGAGCCAAAGGCAGAGGUUUUAACCCACUGAGCCACCCAGGUGUCCCUAUUUUUACUCUUUUGAGGAACUCCAUACUAUUUUCCACAAUGGCUGCACCAGUUUAUAUUCCCACCAACAGUGCAUGAGGCUUCUUUCUUUCCCCAUUCUUGCCAAUACUUGUUAUUUCUUGUGGUUUUGACUUUAGCCAUUCUGAAAGGUGUGAGGUGAUAACUCAUUGUGGUUUUGAUUUGCAUUUCUCUGAUGAUGAGUGAAUGUGUUGAGAGCAUCUUUUCAUGUGUCUCUUGGCCAUUUGUAUGUCUUUUUUAGAAAACAUUCGUUAAUGUCUUCUGUCCAUUUUUUAAUUGGAUUAUUCGUUUUUUUGUGUUUUAAGUUGUGUAAGUUCUUUAUAUAUUUUGGAUACUAAUUCUUUAUGGGAUAUGUCAUUUGUGAAUAUCUUCUUCCAUUCAGUAGGUUAUCUUUUAAUUUUGUUGUGUGUUGUUUUUGCUGUGGAGGAGCUUUCUAUUUUUGUGUAGUUCCAAUAAUUUAUUUUUGCUUUUGUUUGCCUUACCUUGGCAGAUGUAUCUAGAAAGAUCUUUCUAUGGCCAGUUUCAGAGUAAGUGCUGCCUGUGCUAUCUUCUAGGAUUUUUAUGGUUUCAGGUCUCACAUUUAGGUCCUUAAUCCAUUUUUAGUUGGCUUUUGUGUAUUGUAUAAGAAAAUGGUCCAGUUUCAUUCUUUUGCAUGUUGCUCUCUAGUUUUCCCAACACUAUUUGUUUUUCCCAUUGCAUAUUCUUGCCUCCUUUAUCCUAGAUUAAUUGAUCAUGUAAUCUUGAGUUUAUUUCUGGGCUUUGUACUCUGUUCUGUUGAUCUGUGUCUGUUUUUGUGCCAGUACCAUACUGUUUUGAUUACUACAGCUUUGUAGUAUAACUUUAAGUCUAGAAUUGUGCUACCUCCAGUUUUAUCUUUUUCAAGAUUGCUUUGGCUUUUGGGGGGUCUUGUAGUUCAAUACAAAUUCUAUAAUUGUUCUAGUUCUGUGGAAAAUGCUGUUGGUAUUUGGUAGCUAUCGCAUUAAAUCUGUAUACCGCUUUGGGUUGUAUAGAUAUUUUAACAAUAUUUGUUCUUCUAAUCCAUGAGCAUGUGAUGUCUUUCCAUUUCUUUGUAUUGUCUUCAGUUUCUUUCAACAAAGUUUUAUACUUUUCAGAAUACAGGUCUUUUGGCUCCUUGGUUAGGUUUAUUCUUGGGUAUUUUAUUAUUUUUGGUGCAGUUAUAAAUGAGAUAUUUUCCCCCUUAAUUUCUCUUUCUGCUCCUUCAUUAUUAAUGUAUAGAAAUGCAAAGAUUUCUGUACAUUGAUUUUGUAUCUUGCAACUUUGCUGAAUUCAUUUAUCAGUUGUAAUAGUUUUUUGGUGGAGUCUUCAGGGUUUUCUAUAGUGUCAUGACAUCUGCAAAUACUGGAAGUUUGACUUCUUGCUUACUCAUUUGGAUGCCUUUAUUUCUUUUUCUUGGCUGAUUGCUGUGGCUAGGACGUCCAGUACUAUGUUGAAUAAAAGUGGUGAGAGUGGACAUCCUUGUGUUGUUCCUUACCUUAGGGAAGAACUCUCAGUUUUCCCCCAUUAAGUAUGAUGUUAGCUGUGGGUUUUUUAUAUAUGGCCUUUAUUAUGCUGAAGUAUGUUCUCUCUAAACCUACUUUGUGGAGGGUUUUUAUCAUGAAAGGAUUAAUUACCUUGUCAAAUAUUUUUCUGCAACUGUUGAAAUGAUCAUAUGGUUUUUAUCCUUUCUUUUAUCGAUGUGAUGUAUCAUGUUGCUUGAUUUGCAAUUAUUGAACCACUCUAGCAUCCCUGGAAUAAAUCCCACUUGAUCGUGAUGAAUGUUUUUUUAAUGUAUUGUUGGAUUUGGUUUGCUAAUAUUUUGUUGAGAAUCUUUGCAUCUACGUUCAUCAGAAGUAUUGGCUUGUAGUGCUCUUUUUUUGUGGUGUCUUUCUCUGGUUAUGGUAUCAGUGUAAUGCUGGUCUCAUAGAAUGAAUCUGGAAGAUUUCCUUCCUCUUUUUUGAAAUAUUUUGAGAAGAAUAGGUAUUAACUCUUCUUUAAAUAUUUGGUAGAAUUCAUUUGUAAAGCCAUGUGGUGUGGACUUAUGUUUGUUGGGAAUUUUUUGAUUACUAAUUCAACUUUGUUGCUGGUAAUUGGUCUGUUCAAAUUUUAUUUCCUCCUAAUUCAGUUUUGUCAGGUCAUAUGUUUCUAGGAAUUUAUUUAUUUAUUUUUUUAGUAUCCAUGUCAUUUACUUCUGCGCCAAUCUUUAUUAUUUCCUUCCUUCUGCUAGUUUGUGGUUUUGUUUGUUCUUCUUUUUGUAGCACCUGAAUGUGUAUGGGUAGGUUGUUUAUCUGAGAUUUUUCUUGCUUUUUGAGGUAGGCUUGUUUUGCUAUAAACUUCCCUCUUAGAACUGCCUUUGCUAUGUCCCAAAGAUUUUGUACCUUGUAUUUCCAUUUUCGUCUUUCUUCAUGUAAUUUUUGAUUUCUUGGUUGACCCACUCAUUGUUUAGGAGCAUGUUAUUCAGCCUCCAUCUAUUUGUGUUCUUUCCAGAUUUUUCUUGUGAUUGAUAACUAGUGUCAUAACAUUGUGAUCAGGAAAGAAUGCAUGGUAAGUGAGUGAAAGAGAGAGAAAGAGUGCAUUCAGUGAGUUGGGGGGAGGGGCAGAGGGAGAAACAGACUCCUGCUGAGCAGGGAGCCAGGCUUGGGGCUGGCUCCCUGGGACUCCAGGAUCAUGACCUGAGCCAAAGGCUGAUGUUUAACUGACUGAGCCAUACAGGCACCCCUUCCUCCUCCUUCUCCUUCUCCUUCUCCUCUUCCUCCUCCACCUCCUUCUCCUUCUUCUUCUAAAGUAAACUUUACAUCCAAUGUGGGGCUCCAACUUAUGACCCUGUGAUGAAGAGCUCCAUGCUCUACUUACUGACUGACCUACCCAGGCACCCUAUCCAUAAUGUGCUUUUAUGACUACAAGGAACCCUCUUUUUAAUCCAACAUUUUCCUCAUAUUUUCUUCCUCUCCAAUUCCAUCAUUAAUUUAUUACCUUGAGACAUUGCACACAGGUUUACUGGAUCUAUUUUAACACUGUUCAAAUGUCACUACAGGCUCUAAGAAUAAGUAAAUUCUGAUCUCAGACAGGCAAUAUAUUGGGAUGACCAAUAUCUAGAAAUGUAAUCAACUGCAACCAGAUGCCACCAGAAACAUUUUUCUAGAUAUGUCUCCUGAGGCAAGGGAAAUAAAAGCAAAAAUAAACUGUUGGGACUACAUUAAAAUAAAAAGCUUCUGCACACCAAAGGAAUCCAUCAACAAAACAAAAAGGCAAGGGGCACCUGGGUGGUUCAGUGGGUUAAGCAGUUAAGUGGCUGCCUUUGGCUCAGGCCUUGAUCCUAGGUCCAGUUUUGGAAUGGAGCCCCACGUUGGCUUCCUGCUCAGUGGGGAGCCUACUUCUUCUCCUCUGCUGCUUCCCCUUGCUCGUGGUCUCUCUAUCUCUCUCUCAAAUAAACAAGUAAAAUCUUUUUAAAAAGGGAAAUACUGGGACACCUGGGUGGUUCAGUCAGUUAAAAGUGGCUACCUUCAGCUCAGGUCAUAAUCCUGGGGUCCUGGGAUUGAGUCCCACAUCAGGCUCCUUGCUCAGUGGGGAGCCUGCUUCUCCCUCUCCCUCUGCCCCUGCUCAUGUGCACUGUCUCUCACUCUCUCCCUCCCUCUCCCUCUGUCAAAUAAAUAAAUAAAAUUUAAAAAAAAAUAAAUAAUAAAGAAGGCAAAUACUAACUGGGAAUAAAUAUUUGCAAAUGAUGUAUCUGAUAAGGACUUAAUAUGCAAGAUAUGUAGAGAACUUACCCAACUCAAUAUUCAAAAAGCAAAUAACCCAAUUAAAAAAUAUGUAGGAGAUACAAUGAACAGACAUUUCUCCAAAGAAGAUAUACAGAUGUUCAACAGACACAUGAGAAAGAUGCCCAACACCAUUAAUCAUCAGAAAAAUGUAAAUUGAAACCACAAUGAGAUAUCACUUUAUACCUGUCAGAAUGGCUAGAAUCAAAAAGACAAGAAAUAGCAAGUGUUGUUAAGGAUGUGAAAAAAGGACUUCUGUCCAUUGUUGACAAGAAAGUAAAUUGGUACAGGCACUGUGGAAAACAGGAUUAUGGGUCCUCACAAAAUUGAAAACAGAAAUACCAUUAUGAUCCAAUAAUUCCACUACUGAGUAUUUACCCCCCAAAAAACUUAAAUACCAUUUCAAAAAGGUAUAUGCAUCUCUGUGUUUAUUGGAGCAUCAUUUACAGUAGGUAAGAUAAGGAAGUAACUCAAGUGUCCAUCAACAGGUAAAUGGAUAAAGAAGAUGUAGCAUAUAUACACAUACUGGAGCAUUACUCACCAUAAAAAGAAUGAGAUCUUGCCAUUUGUGAGAAUAGGGGUGGACCUAGAGAUUAUUAUGCUAAGUGAAAUGAGAAAAAUACCAUAUGCUUUCACUUAUAUGUGGAAUCUAGACAACAAAGGAACAAACAAAACAAGAAGGAGAAAUAGACCAAUAAGUACAGAGAACAAAUUGGUGGGUGCCGGGGGAAAAGCGGUAGGGGGAUGGGCAAAAAGGAGUGAAAGUGGGGAGCACCUGGGUGGCUCAGUGGAUUGGGCCUCUGCCCUUGGCUCAGGUCAUGAUCUCGGGGUCCUGGGAUUGAGCCCCACAUUGAGCUCUCUGCUCAGCAGGUAGCCUGGUUCUCCCUCUCUCUGCCUGUCUCUCUACCUACUUGUGAUCUCUCUGUCAAACAAAUAAAAAUUUAAAAAAAAAAAAAAAAGGAGUGAAAGAGAAUGGGAGGUACAGGCUUCCAGUUAUGGAAUAAAUAGGUCACUGAGAUGAAAGGUACAGCAUAUACAAUGGCAUAUGCUGAAUAUAGUCAGUGGAAUCAUAAUAGCAUUGUAUGGUGAGGGAUGGUAACUACAAUUACGGUGAACGUAGAAUAACAUACGGGGUUGUCAAAUUAUUAUGUUGUACACCGAAAACUAAUGUAACUGUGUGUCAACUAUACUUCAAUAAAAAAAUUGAUCCUAUUGAAAAUGAUUUGGAUAAAUAAAAAAGAAAUGGAAAAAAAUAGGAGCAUAUUGACUACAGUGUUUGGAAAAUUGAUUAAAGUAUUAGAAUGGUUUAACUUCAUUCCAGAAAUUCUUUCUUGAUGAUAGCUCAUAACUGCUGAUACAAUUCUGCUGCCCUUUAUUUUUCUCUCUCUCAUUUUUUUGGUAAGUAAUCUCUAUACCCAAUAGGGGGCUCACACUCAAAACCCCAAGAUCAGAAGUUGCAUGCUCUACCAACUAAGCCAGAUAGAUGCCCCACUGUUGGUAUAAUUCUGAUUAAAAUAUUUAUAUUCAGACAACCACUGGGAUCAUAAUAAUGGGGUAACAAUAUCCUUUACAUUAAAAUGAAGGUGAGAUCAUUGAGAGCAAUAAAUGAGAAUAAUAAAUGUAUCUAUCCAAAAGGAUUGCAAAAUAACCAGCUCUUUCCUAUGCUUUUUCUAUUCUGGG